AUGAUUGCAUCUCGCUCCUUUUGUGGCAUAUCUCCAUGCAUAGAAGAGACAGUAAAGUUAUUCUCGCGCAUUUUUGCCGUCAGCCAGUCAACCUGUCAAUACACAAGACACCUGCCAUCCAAAUCAGAGGCUUUGACGGAAAUUAUGGCUAUCACAGAGGAGAAUGGAGGGGAUGGAAUGAGACUAAAGAAAGAGGAGAGGGAGAAAACCUGUAGCUCAGACAAACCCUAUUCAAGUCAAUUGAAUCCACUGAAAUCACAAUCUCCAAAUGGAGGGGAAAAGCAAAAAACUAGACAGUUCAUACGCGCUUACAAAAGCAACACUCUAACAACGUCCGAAGAACCAAAAUUACAGCUUAUUAUAGCAGAAAAACACGUACUCGGAGGACUUGGUGUCAACAAUCUGACAAACAGCGAGCGCAAUCAUGGACGUCUUGCCCGUACCAGACUGCGCCUGUGCGAUGACGUCACGGCCGGAGAUGAUAGGGAGCACCGCCCGCUGCUGAAUGGCGGAGGGCUUCUCGAAACCGUAAUUGUAAAUACCUCUGAGGAGAUCGUCCUUAAUCCCCAUCUCGUCGAAGCUCAUGAUAGGCUCGACGCCCUUCGACGUCUCGAAGACAAGCUUCGCGUCGGUCUCCUCCAUCGCCCGCCGCGUACCACCUCCUCUCUGAACCGCCGACGCCAUGCCGCUCGUACUCCGCCGGAGGAAGUAGUGUCUGGAAAUUGA